ACGGCGGAGGUGGUUCCUCUUGUGGCCCCCCCCCCCGCCUUCCUCUCGGCCGAGCUGACGCCGCUGCUCACGCCCCUUGGCCGGAAAAGCGCGCCGCCGCCUCUCCCUUCCCGUCGAGUCGUUUCCUGGGCCCGCUCCGUCGCUUUGCUUUUCAGCUGCGGAGGGAGCUGCGGCGGCGCUUUCUCUUUCUCUGACUCCGGGCUCUCUCUUUCGUGCGAUGGCGCCUCUUCCUGGCGGGGGGCGGUUUCCGUUAGCGCUGCUGCCGCUGUUUUCCUCGCUGUCCAGAGUUCAAGCUUCAGAACUUCCUCUGAAUUUUUAUUUCCAAGUGAUUGCACCCAUCCACAUGUAGCCAAUGCUACCCUAAGGAGCGGGGAUCCGAAAGACAGUUAUCCUGCUGGGACUGUUUUGCCCUACUGUUGCAUUGCAGGUUAUGAGUCUAUUCCUGGAGACACACUUUUUCUUACAUGUCUUGACACUUCAAAAUGGUCAAUAGAAAAUCCUAGGUUUUGUCAAGGAAGUCGAUGUCCUACUAUAAAUUUAGAGAAUGGCAGAAUAGUAAAAUCAAGCGAUAUGCGGCUAGGUGAUGAAAUAACUCUAGGCUGUAAUGAGGGGUACAGAUUGAUAGGCGAAAAGACUCUUCGAUGUGUGCUUGUAGGCGACAAAUUGGAGUGGCAUACAGGACCUCCAUUUUGCCAUCUAAUCCGAUGUUACCCCCCUGAAAACAUUCCCUUUGGCUCACACAGUGGUCGACCUUUUGAAGAGUUUCAUUAUGGCUCAUCAGUGACAUACACUUGUAGACAAGGUUUCUCCCUUAUUGGAAGCCCGAUUAGUACAUGUUCAGCUUCUGCAGAUGGUACUCGUGGAGAGUGGAGCCCAUCUCCGCCUAAAUGUAAAGUGGUCCGUUGCCGUGAACCUGAAAUAGAAAAUGGAAGAGUGACAACAAAGCCUCAGCGUUUUUACACAUAUGGAGAUCGUGCAGAUUUUGAAUGUAAUCCAGGAUACGUUAUGGUGGGGAGUAGCACCUGUACAUGCGGGCCUGACCAUGCAUGGAUUCCUCUUUUUCCAAAAUGCUUUAAGGCAGGAACGCCUGGAGGAGGAGGAGGAGGAGGAGAUGACAACCCAGGCCCUGGAAAUGGAGCAGAUCCAGAGACAGUGCCUCCUGGAGACAAUACAGGACCGACACACAAUCCAGAGACGCCUCCUGGAUAUGACACAGAAUCUAAAAACAUCACAGCAAUUGUUAUUGGAUGUCUCGUGGCUGUUUUAGUUGUGCUUGCUCUAGUUGCUGUAUUUUGGAAAUACCGAUCUUCCGUGAAAACUGGAGUACCCGAAGCUCCUUCUAGUUCUGCUCAAUUUGACAAGUUGGUAUCAAAAUCUGGAUUGGAAGCCAAAGGUUCUCAAUUGAACAAGGUUUCUUCAGUAAACCUGUAAUCCAGCACCCUUCCAGUUGAUCAUUAAUUCCUAACAGUUCUAAUUUUUAUAACUGGAAAUGAGAAUUGAGGGAAGGACUAUGUGAAAAGUCAAAGCAAUUUUCAUUAAGAACUGGCCAUCCAGGUUAUUCAGCUAUUUGAAGCAUGAAGCAGUACUGGGCCCCAACAAAACUCUCAUCAUUUGCUCUUACUUUUGCAUAGAACUGGGUUCCAGCUUCCCUUGAAGAAUGUCUCUUUAAGUGCCUUAAUCAAAUACAGAGCCAAGCAGAACUGAUUGUGUAUCUACCCUGGCAAGGUGCAUUAUUAUUUCUUCAAACCUUGUAAAGAUGUAAUGGGUUCUGUGUAGGAAAUGUGAAAUGUUGCCAUUUGUUUUCUAGAAUCUUGUUCAUCUCAUGAAAUGGAGGGGGCAAGUGUAGCUAUUAAAAAUUACCAACCUUUUGACUUCCUCAAGCCUUUCUCAUGCAGAAUUUUAAAAGCUGCCUUUAUUUCCUUACAGGAUUUUCAAAAGUGUAAACAACAGUAAUAUGUGCCUAAUAGAAAAUAUUCUUUAAAAAAAAUCAUCAUAGGCAAACAAAAGUUCUGUAUGCUUAGCCGAAAAAGCAAGGAACACUUUUGAGACACCUUAAUUUCCGUAGGAAAAAGUUAAAUAAAAUAACUCUCCCAUUAAAAUCAAUUAGAGUGAAAACUGCAGUGCUUCAAAUGUACUGAAUUAAACUUGUUACAUUCA